GCCUCUGCGGGCGCCGCGGGCCCGGGCCAUGGCGAUAGACCGGCGGCGCGAGGCAGCGGGCGGCAGGCCCGGGAGGCAGCCACCCCUGGGCGAGGAGAACGGCUCUCUGCCGCCCGGGGACGCGGCGGCCUCGGUGCCCCUCGGGGGCGGCGCGGGCCCCAGCAGCGGCGGGGAGAUCCAGUCGCUGCCCUCCCCGCAUCCCGGCGGCGGCCCUCACUCCGCGGCGGCUCCCAGCCUCCUGUUGCUGGACUACGACGGGUCGGUGCUGCCCUUCCUCGGGGGCCUGGGCGGGGGCUACCAGAAGACCCUCGUGCUGCUCACCUGGAUCCCGGCGCUGUUCAUCGGCUUCAGCCAGUUCUCGGACUCCUUCCUUUUGGACCAGCCGAACUUCUGGUGCCGCGAGGCCGGCAAGGGCGCCGAGCUGGCGGGAGUCACCUCCACUGGCCGGUGGGGAGCCUACGACGGGGCCAACUGGAACAGCCCCCCGACCACCUCCUUCUCCACGGCCGCCUGGGGGCCCGCGGGCAACCUCAGCAACAGCAGCGGAGCGGACAGGGGCGACACGCCACCCCUGUGGUCCCCUCCGGACAAGGGGGACAACGCCUCUAACUGCGACUGCCACGCGUGGAACUAUGGCAUCCGCACAGGCCUCGUCCAAAACGUGGUCAGCAAGUGGGAUCUUGUGUGUGAUAAUGCCUGGAAGGUCCAUAUCGCUAAGUUCUCCUUACUGGUUGGAUUAAUCUUUGGCUACCUAAUAACUGGAUGCAUUGCUGACUGGGUGGGCCGGCGGCCUGUGCUGCUCUGUUCCAUCAUCUUCAUUCUGAUCUUUGGCCUGACCGUGGCCCUGUCCGUGAAUGUGACGAUGUUCAGCACACUCAGGUUCUUCGAAGGAUUCUGCCUGGCUGGAAUAAUCCUCACCUUGUAUGCAUUACGAAUAGAGCUGUGUCCCCCUGGAAAACGGUUCAUGAUCACCAUGGUGGCGAGCUUCGUGGCCAUGGCGGGGCAGCUCCUCAUGCCCGGGCUGGCGGCACUGUGCCGGGACUGGCAGGUGCUGCAGGCGCUCAUCAUCUGCCCCUUCCUGCUCAUGCUGCUGUACUGGUCGGUAUUCCCCGAGUCCCUCCGGUGGCUGAUGGCUACCCAGCAGUUUGAGUCUGCGAAGAAGUUGAUCCUGCACUUCACCCAGAAGAACUCCAUGAACACUGAGACUGACAUCAAAGGCGUGAUGCCCGAGCUGGAGAAGGAGCUGUCCCGGAGGCCCAAGAAGGUCUGCAUCGUGAAGAUGGUGGGAACCCGGAACCUGUGGAAGAACAUCGUGGUCCUGUGUGUGAACUCGCUGACAGGGUUCGGGAUCCACCACUGCUUCGCAAGGAGCAUGAUGGGCCACGAGGUGAAGGUGCCACUGCUGGAGAACUUCUACGCCGACUACUACACCAUGGCCAGCAUCGCCCUGGCCUCCUGCCUGGCUAUGUGCGUGGUGGUCAGGUUCCUGGGGCGCCGGGGAGGGCUGCUGCUCUUCAUGAUCCUCACUGCCCUGGCCUCCCUCCUGCAGCUCGGGCUCCUCAACCUGAUUGGGAAGUACAGCCAGCACCCAGACUCAGAGUUGCAGCUGAAGUUGGCCGUAGGUAUGAGCGACAGUGUCAAGGACAAAUUCUCCAUUGCAUUUUCCAUCGUGGGCAUGUUUGCCUCCCACGCAGUGGGAAGCCUCAGUGUGUUCUUCUGUGCAGAGAUCACCCCCACGGUGAUAAGGUGCGGCGGGCUGGGGCUGGUGUUGGCCAGCGCAGGCUUCGGCAUGCUGACGGCGCCCAUCAUCGAGCUGCACAACCAGAAAGGCUACUUCCUGCACCACAUCAUCUUCGCCUGCUGCACGCUCAUCUGCAUCAUCUGCAUCCUCCUGCUGCCCGAGAGCCGGAACCAGAGCCUGCCCGAGAGCCUCUCCAAUGGGGAGCACUACACGCGCCAGCCGCUCCUGCCGCACAAGAAGGCCGAGCAGCCGCUGCUGCUCACCAACGCGGAGCUCAAGGACUACUCGGGCCUCCACGAUGCCGCGGCCACGGGGGACGCGCUGCCCGACAGCGCCGCCGCCAACGCAGCCAACGGCCUGCGGUCCUGCGGCUCUGCGCGCGGCCUGCCCUGAGAGACCUGGGCCCGUGGGGUGGCUGCGCGCAGGGUCACCGAGGGACCAGACAUGUGGCUGCGAGCACACGUGGCUCUGCCGGGCUCACCGGGCACCGACGCCGCGGGAGCACAGGACCUUCGCUGGUGUGGGGGGAUUCUUUCCAAAACGCUAAGGAUCGUGUGAGGAAGCAGACUCUUUGGAAAUAAGACUUUCUUUUCUGCCAUUAAAUGUUUGUAUUUAUUUUGGUCAUUUUUACGAGAAGCACUUUAUUCCCUUUCCUCUCACUGAUCUUGAAAUAGAACCACCCCCUUUGAAAGAGGGACCUAGUCUCCCGCCGGCAGCAGCCAGAUGCCCCCAGGGCUGCCAGCUGUGCGCAGACACCACGUGAGCAGUUCAGACUGCGCCAUGCUGACAUGUAAACAAUGAGGUGUCCGCCAGAGAGGCUGAUGGUCUGAAAGGUUUUGUGUUUGUAGGGUGUGAGCUUCUGGUCCAUGUUUUGGGAGAAAGCAGCUCACGAAUGUCAUUAAAACCAGCUUAAUCUUUCCUUCAAGAUCAUGCUUUUGUACUGGAUGCUGGAAACUCUUUGGGGAAAAGCUUCAACAUGUCACCACAAAUCGUAAAUGACCCGUGGCAGUGUUGCCAGUUUUCUAACGCAAGUUUGCCUGGUUCAGUUCACGACUAGAUGCGCUGAGGUGUAAGGCAUUUAGCAUUAAUGCUUUCUCAGAUUCAGCUCCGGGGGAAAAGCUCCCUCCAUCAGCUUUUCCAGCACUACCUGAAAACACGCUACUUUCUGAUGGGAAACCAAUGGGACAAGAACUGAAAUAGAGGACUAAGGCAAACCCACAGAGGGUGGGUGCUCUCCCAAAGACAGCGCAUGCACAUCUGGAGCACACCACACGGCAUCACCAGCUUGGAUGACUGUCCGCUCCCACUGAUUUCACGCUGAGACUGCAAACCUGUGGGAGCCGGUCCCCCUCAUGCCUGCCUUUGCCUGCUUCCUGCUUCCUCCCCCUUCCCUCAGCACAGAGGUGGGGUUUGGGGCAAGCAGUGGGAUGCUCAUAGGUUAGUCCAACUGACCUCCUGCCUCUCUUAAAGCUUCAAGACCCAUUGAGAGGAAGCAAUAACUCCCCAAAGUUCAACUCCCAUCUCCAAUAGCCAAGGGUUGUCACUGACUUCAUUGCUUGUCCCAGACAGUGCAGGCUUCCUCGUCCCUUUCACAUCAGGCAUUCUCACCUGUCUGAGGGUGUUUCAGAGGAAGCUUGGAGGGCCUCCGCAAGGACACGCCGGGGGGCCACUAAGGAACAAGCUUCAUUGGCGCAGGCAGGCGCCCCCUUGAGCAACAUAGGCACCUGAUUUUCCAGACAGCCUGGGUCCUUUCUAGGAUUGUCCACCCACCCCACCCCCCACUUUGUGACAUGUGUCUUUGUCAUGGGCUGUGUUUUCCCCAGGAAAUCAUAGUCUCGGGCCUGUGACUUAGGUGACCUCCAACUGACAGUUGCUAGAACUCAAAGGGCCUGAAAAGGGGUUGGCUUAACUUCCCUUUCUCCCCUUCUAGCUCUCUACCUGGCCUGUUUCUUACUGUCUCCGCCCACCACUCCCCUCUGAACCUGGUGGACUUCAAUAGGAACUGGUGACUUGAUAAAAAAAAAUAUGGUGAGGAGGUGAAACUUGCAAGUGUAUGUGACUCCAGUGACUAAACUGUACUUUCUGUCGAAUCAACGGGGUCUGGAGUCUCCAGCCGCGUCCAAGGGCCGCUGCCUAGGAAGAAGGCCACCUGGCCAGUCUCCCUAUUUCAAGCCCCACUCAUCCUCACCUCUCAUCUCUUAGGUCACUUCUGUUCCAUGUUUCCAUGUGAGUCUACAUUCACCUUACUUUACAAAGGCCUUUCUUUACAAACGUGCAGCCUCCGCGUGCCAAACUUGUUGAAUACCUUCUGCCUUUUAUAGAGUACUUGCGACAAGCCACCUGGCAGCAAGACCCAUUAAUCCAGGACAUGACAUAUGCAGCCGCCAAGCUCCUGAGCAGUUGAGGAAGGUGGGUAGGAGCCAGUGAGGUCCUGGGUCUGCACCUGGCCAGGUGUAUGUCUGCAUCACCCCAGCACCAGGGCACCUUGCAGUCCCCUUACUGUACUACGGAAGUAUUGUAGCAUUCUCUCACUGAUCGCAGAGGCCUCCCUUAAAAUGUGAUGGAGCUGCAGAGUGCUGCCGGUAAUCUCUAGGAAGGCGGAGGGAAGGCACAGCACUUACAAACUCCUGUUCCUCUUCAGGGUUAGGCUGAGCUCCUCUUCUGUUGCUGGGUUAGCUUAAGAAUAUCUGAAGCUCUUAAGGAACACCUUUAUCAAAUGUAGCCAAAGCAGAAAAGCUUCCCUGUGGGCUGAGCCCUGUGAAAUUCCACACCAAGUGGGCAAGGAGGCCAGGGCCCACUGAGCCUGACACACGUCCAGUCCCGCCUUGCUCUGCAUGGGAAGGGGCUGCAGCCACCAGCUCCCUAGCACCUAUUGGUCAAGCUUGGACUCCUCAGUCCUAUUUCCUUCGUGGUCAGUAGGGAAACAGUUCACAGACACCUGCCAUUUCAAGUCCACUUUCCCAUCACCUCCUACCCGCCCAGGGAGUCACCUCCAGGUAUGUGCUGCAGCCACUCUCCUCCACCAGCCACUCUUGCAUCCUGCUAUCCUAUCGGGGAGCUGUAACCCCUUUCAAUAAGUUAUGCACAAAUGUGAACGCCUGAGGCAGGGCUGGACAGCUCUUCAUCUGUUCUUUUCCAGAAGUCAAUCAACUCAGAGCAAGUACCCUAAGUACUAGCACCCAAGUCAAAUAGGGAAAAGUUUUAAAUCUUUUGUUUUCUAAAAGAGUAUAAUUACUUGCAACUAGAGGAAAGGGGCUGGUAAGUUGUUUUGGCCACAGAACAGAAAGCAAAAAUGGACGUCGUAAAGGAAGUACUGCACUCAAACAAUACCACUUCCUAGAGCCAAACAAGAAAUGACUGAAGUGCCAUUAAAUGAAUUGUGACCAUCGCACCUCCCAGCCCCUAGGUGGCGCACGCGCGCGCGCACGUGCUGGGGAAAGCCCACGCUUCACUUUCAAAGGAUGCCUCGCUUUGCUGUAGUGUUUUGGAAAAGCAGCAGUGUGUUCUGUCCAGUGGGGAUAUUCCCUCUGUCCUUUCUGCCGCCCCAACAUUUGAGGUUCCUAGUCAGAACCGUGUUACUGCACAUCCACCGGGCUCACUCUGGAGGUGCUCAUUCAUAGCACAAGCCUAUCGAGUUCUGAACUGUGUCGUUCAAAGAUAAUGUCUGCAUGAUGUCACAUCUGUUGUACCUUUGAGGAAAAUUUGUAUGUAAAUGUACAGAAAUAAAAAUGUUGCCCCAUUAACAAAUUUCCUCUGGAAUGUCUUCCCUACCUCAUCUGAUGGUAUCCAAUGAAGGGCAUUUCAUGACCAUUGACUACAAGUAAUAAAAACUCUUUAUUCA